AUGUCCAGCACCGUCAAGACCACCGGCAAGAAGACACGUUCGGCCAUCGCCGACGUUGUCACCCGCGAGUACACCAUCAACAUGCACAAGAGAAUGCACGGUGUUACUUUCAAGAAGCGCGCUCCUCGUGCUAUCAAGGAGAUCCGCGCCUUCGCUGAGCGGGCUAUGGUAAGUUUCUUCCCUCUUCAGUACCUGACUGAGGAAGCGAUGGGAUGGGAUUCAGCUAACCACUCGCGUUUCGCCAAUCAGGGCACCAAGGAUGUCCGCCUCGACCCCCAGCUGAACAAGAAGGUCUGGGAAGCCGGUGUCAAGGGCGUUCCUUUCCGCCUCCGCGUCCGCAUCUCCCGCAAGCGUAACGACGAGGAGGGCGCCAAGGAGAGACUCUACUCCUACGUUCAGGCCGUCAACGUCAAGGACGCCAAGGGUCUGCACACCUCUGUUGUUGACGAAUAA